GAAUAGACAAAUGUCAAAAUAUGACAACAUCUAGUACUAGUGUUUACGUUUACGCAAAAUAGCUUCUACUAUUAUCUAUUUACAGAAAAUUUACGUCUUUUAUUAGUUUUUUAAAAUGUGUACCGUAAAUAGAUCACAUCAAAGACUUUUGGUCUCCGAUGGUUGUCCAAUACCAAUUGGAAAUAGUGUUUGUGGUGAAACAAAAACGUUAGAUAUUAUUAAUGAGUUUAAAAGACUUUAUGAAGAAAAAAUGAAUGAGAUUGAUAAUACUAGUUGUGGAGACUGUUUGCAGGAGAAAUUGCAACUACAGCAGAAUUGGAUUGGAGAUUUGACUGAACAAAAUGAAAUGCUCGUACGAGCCGUUGAGGAUUUAGAACUAGAAGCUACCGAACGUGUUAAAAUGUUAGAAGAAAAAUUACAAAGAAGUGCUGAAUGCAUUUGCGAGGUAAUGAAGAAGUACCGAGAACACGACAUAGCUGGAAGUCUCCUGGAUGAACCACGUAAAAGGAUAUUUAAUCUAAAAAAUGAUAUGACCAAUGUAUUAGAAUUUUUGCGUAGGAUAAGGGAAGAAAAUCGAUGGAAUACGGAAGGACUUAAUUUUAUUGAACUAACAGAAGCAGAUCUUCUUGGCAGCGGAAUUCAUGAAGACAUAAGUCAGUACUUAAAUAAAGAAAACGUAAAGGCUGAGAGGAGAUCUACAGAAAAGGACAGUACAAUCCAGAAGUUAGAAGCAAAAGUUGGCGAACUAAAUAGUAUGACGAAACAAUUCCAAAUGAAAAAAGAUGAAUGUGAAAAUCUACAAAAGAAUAUGAUCGACAUGAGGCAAGCUUUGACUGAAGAGGUCGCUUCCAAACACGACACGGUACUUAAACUUAAGAGAGAAUGUCAAGAAUUGGAAGAGCGAUGCAUACAGGCCGACAAACAAACGGCGUUUAGAGACGACAUCAUCAAAGAACUGAGAAAAGAAAUUAAGCAGCUUAGGCAACAGGAAAAAUGUUUUCAAAUGACCACCCUAAAUGAAGAAAUACAAAGACUAGAUAGUUGUCUAUGUGAAGCUAAUGAAAAACUAAAGGAAAAAGACACUGAGAUUUUUACUUUGAACAGAGCGAUCAAGGAGUUGGAAUGCCAAUACGAGCCUACAACUAAAACCAAGGUACAAACAGAUGCGAGUGAUCCGGACGAAGAACAAUUACAAAAGUUGAUACAGAGAGAUGAACUAAUCAAAUUUCAAGCCGAUACUUUGAGGAUGUUGCAACAGGAGUUGCAGCGUUUGAAAGAAAAAAAUAAAGAAUUUGUGUGCGAUCGGGAUACAAAUCAAGAAAACUGCGAUGGCAUUUGUUACUUAGAAGAACAAGUCGAAUUGUUUAAAGGAAAAUUAGUGCAAAGUGAAAAUAGAGUAGUAGAAUUGACGAAAGAGAUUGAUAAUAAAGAAGAUAUUAUAAAAUCACAAAAGGACACGCUAAACUUCGUUGAAAAACAACUAGAUAUUUUAAGAAGUAAGGAAUCAGAAAUGAGGAUUGAGAAUGAACAUCAAUGUCUAUGUAUCCAACAAUUAAAGAGUAGAGUUACGGAACUAGAAACUUCAACGCAGGAUGCAGAAAGACGAGCAAACAAUUUACAAAUGGCUGUAGACUUAUAUACCAACACAAUAAAUGUUUUAGAAGCAAGUGAAGAGAAAUUUAGAAUGGAGAUUGAUCGUCAAAGAACUACCAUCAAUAACCUACAAGAAGCACUAGUUUCUGCAAAAAAUGAACUCGAUAAUACCAAACAGAAACACGACGAUAAUGUGAGUGUUGGAUGGGCGUCACGGUGGUUUGGCCUGUCUGAAACAAAGCCCACGAACAAUAACGAAAAACCAGUGCAUGAUAUUUGACGACCAGUGUUUAAUUUAAUAUGUUUUUUAAUUUAUUAACAUUUAGUAUUAGAAGCAACUCCCAGUUUUUAACUAAUAACAUUGCAAAGUAAGAGAAACGAAUUAUUAGUGAUUAGUUGUGCAUCUUGGUAAAUAGAAAUGUGCAUGAUUUAGUCUAGAUUGGCGUUUUAUGUUUUAAUUCAAUUAUCAGAAAAAUGAACAUCUAUGAAGGUUAAAAAAUUGUGAAAGUUUCACUCAUUUUGUUGUUUACUAAUCUACCUCUUAAUAUACAAAAACUAUUCUGUUUAUUUGUUACCGCUUCUACUAAUUAUUUUUUAAUUGUAAAAUUAGCCGUAAAUGUUCCUAGCGAUUAUUAUUUAUUUAACUUAUUUGAUUUUAAGUUUUUAACGUAUUUUUGAAUUUUAGUAACUAUUUUAAUAACAACUUAUAUUGUUUAUAGUGUUUUAAGAAAUUGGAAUUAGUAAAAAUGUUUCUUUUUAGUGUAAUCAUUUUAUGUCUCAGAAAGAUGAGAGAAAUAACAAUACUGCGAAACCUAUUGAAAUUAUUUUAAGCUUUUUCCUAAUUGUUCAUCAUUAUCUUUGUUUUUAUCCUUAUGCGAGGUUCACUUCCCUUCUUUUAUGAUUCCCAUAGAUGUAAUAAUAAUAAACUAUAUGUACAACUGGAGGACAAUAAGUGAAGCCGAUUUUGAAAAUUUGGUGCGCAUGUUGUCAGCUAGGUGGACACAAAUAAAGGGGCCAAAAAUUUAAACAUUGUUCGAAAUUUUAUUUGUUUCUCUUGAUAAUUAUAUGCAAUUUUUUGUGUGAGUGGUUUUAAGUAAGAUAAUCUGGCCUAAAAAUAAUUAUUUUUAUUAUACGAGUGUAUUUUUAAAGCAUAAUGAUAUUACUUCCUCUCCUGUUGCCAGGGGCGGACUAAGGCUUAGGCAACCUAGGUGCGUGCCUAGUGACCGAAAAUUGGGUUUUUUUAUGGGUUGGUAGAUAUUACUUCCCGAAUCACUGGUAAAAAUUUAUAGCUCUACAUCUUCUUCUUAGAGUGCCGUCUCCCUACGGAGGUUGGCAAUCAUAAUGGCUAUUUUUAUUUUAGAACUUGCUGCUCUAAACAAAUCAAUCGAUCUGCAUUGGUACCAAUCACGUAGAUUAUUUAACCAUGAGUUCUGCCUUCGGCCAACAGAUCUUCUUCCUUGAAUCUUUCCCUGUAUUAUGUCUCAAAAUUUCAUAUUUUGGUCCCCUCAUCACGUGGCCUAGGUAUUUCAGUUUUCUGGUUUGUAUAGUGGUGAUUAGUUCUGUUUCUUUACCAACCCUCUCCAGUACUUCUUUAUUUGUAAUUCUAUCAGUCCAUGAUAUUUUCAAUAAUCUGCGGUAUAACCAGAGUUCGAAGGCCUCGAUUCUUUUUAAAUUACAUUUUUUUAAUGUCCAAGUCUCAGCUCCAUAUAAUAAUAUUGAAAAUAUAUAACAGCGAAUGGUACGUAGUCUGAUCUCCAAAUUUAGAUUUUUGCACGUUAGGAGUGGCUUCAUUCGUAUAAAUGCUGAUCUGGCAAUCUCGAUUCGUCUGUUUAUUUCUACAGUAUGAUCAUUGGUUUCAUUGAUCAAAGUUCCCAAAUACUGAUAUUUUUCUACUUGUUCUAUCACGUUACCAUUUAUUGUCAAUAGGUGAUGUAUAUUUUGUGGCCUUUUUGUAAUCAGCAUGUACUUCGUUUUUUUAGCGUUUAUAGUAAUUCCCAUCUCAGCACUAUUUAUACUCAAGCUUUCGAUAAGAUGUUGUAGAUCCUCUAUACUCGUUGCUAUGAUCACAGUGUCGUCUGCAUAUCUUAAAUUAUUAAUUAAUUUUCCGUUAACGGUGACUCCCGCUUCGAUAUUAUUGAGCGUGUUUUGGAAAAUUUCUUCAGAAUAUAAGUUAAACAAAAGUGGUGAUAACACACAUCCCUGUCUAACUCCUCUGCAGAUCCUCAUUUCUUCUGAGUGUUGCCCAUCAAUUUGAACUAUGGCACUUUGGUUCCAAUAUAAUGUUUGCACUAUAUUUAUGAUUUUACUGUCAAUGCCCUUGUUCAUAAGUAUUGAUAUUAGUUUUUCAUGUCUUACUUUAUCGAAAGCUUUUUCGUAGUCAACGAAGCACAAGUGUAGAUCAACAUUUACAUCCCGACAUCGCUGAAUUAAUAUGUUGAUGGCAAAUAGUCCUUCUCGAGUACCCAUUCCAUUUCGGAACCCGAUCUGCGUCUCGCUAAUAUCCUCCUCUAGCCUUUCGUAUAUUCUCUUAUGUAUUAUUUUUAGCAGAACUUUUAAAGUAUGACUCAUGAGGCUCAGUGUUCGAUAAUCAGAGCACUCUUUUGCUGCUUGUUUUUUAGGGAUGGUUAUAAAUGCUGACUUUAGCCACUCCUGUGGUAUUAUUCCCGUAUCGUACACCGUGUUGAAUAAAUCUGCCAAUACUUCCAAGUUGUCCUCUUCCACUAGUUUUAAAAGUUCUACUGGUAUUUCAUCUAAUCCAGCUGCCUUAUUGUCUUUAGAGUUUUUGAUAGCAUAUUUGAUUUCAUCUAUCGUGAUCUUCUGUAUCUCUAAAGGAUUUAAUUCUUGUAUUUUCUGCAUUUCACCUCUUUCAUCUUGGAAAAGUUCUCUAACGUACUCCUCUCAUCGCAUUAACUUCUCUGGUAAAUCUACUAGUAGUACUCCUUUUUUGUCUUUUAUGUGUCCUUGCUGUCUAUUUCGACCCAUUCCAGUCACUUCUCUAAUUUUUUUGUGCAUAUUUCUCAUAUCAUAUUUUGUUUCUAGUUCUUCUAUCUCUUUACAUUGCUUCAUCAAAUAGAUUUCCUUAGCUGUUUUGAUUUUUUCCCUAAUUAUUCGUUGUAUUUCUUUAUACUUCUGUAGAUCUUUUCCUUUAUAUUUCCUUCUUUCUUCCAUCAGUAAUAGUAUUUCUUCUGUCAUCCAGUGUUUUUUAGCCUCUGAUUUAUGUUCUAUUAAACUUUCUUGAGCUGGUUUCAGUAAUGUGUUUUUUAUAUUACACCACUUUUUAUUUACAUCCAUAAUUUGUUUGUUGUCAGUUAGUGUUUUUUGCAUAUUAACAUUCACAUUAUUUUUUAUUUCGUUUUUUAUUUCUUCGUUUUGUAGCAUUCUUACGUUAAUUUUUGGUUGUUGUUUUCUGAGUUCAAUUCUUUUUAAUUUUAUUUUCACGUCAGCCACUAGCGGAUUGUGGUCUGAAUUAACAUCUGCUCCAGGAUAAGUUUUAACUGAGGUUAUAGAGUUUUUAUAUGUGCUAUUUACGAGUAUAAAGUCUAUCUGGUUUCUGACAAUGUGGUUUUCUGUAUGUGAAGGAGACGUCCAUGUAUAUAGUCUUCUUUUAGGAAGCUAAAACCAAGUAUUGGCAAUUACCAUAUUCUUUUCUUGGCAGAAUUCUAUGAGCCUUUCUCCUCUCUCGUUUCUAGUUCCUAGUCCGAACUGUCCAACUAUAUUUUCAACUGUACCUACUCCAAUUUUUUCAUUUAAAUCUCCUAAAAUGUAAGUAAUAUCUCUAGAUUUUGUUAACUUGAUUGUAUUGUGCAAUUCUAGGUUCUGGUUAUUAUAUACUUCUGCCUCUAAGUCACUAUCCGAUAAAUAUAUGUAGGAUUUUGUCUUCUUUUUUUGAGGUGGAACUAGAAGCAAUUUGUGCUUGAGUUAGAUCGAGUGCUGCACUUAGCCAAAGAGGGUUUAAGUAAAAUAUUGUUUUCUUUAUCAGAAUCGCAUCCAUCUUUUCGUAAAAACUUACAAAAGAUAUCUUAUUAUUUUCAUAUGAAAGACUAAAAUGUACACUAACAUUCUUACAACAUGCAAUUCCUCAAUUAAUUUUUGUAAUGAAAAAUAAUUGUCAAGUUUGUAAACAAAUUAGGUUAGAUGUGUUGUCAAUUUUAAAUAGAUUGAGAUAUUUUUUUUAUUUUGACAAAACUUUUUUAUUCGUGAGGCGUGUGGUGUCUAACUUCGCCCAAGAUUCUUUGCAACAGUACUUACGGUCUAGUAUUCAUUGCUAUAGGUUCGAAAAAUAUCCUUUAAUAACAGUGAUAAAUAUAGACACUUAAAUACAGGCACUUUCUAAAGUGAUCCUUCUUACCUGUAAAUGCAGAGUAGGAAAGUGAAGCAUUACCUCAUAAGACUUACUUAAGGGAGAUUAAUGUAAGGCUACUAUAGCUUUGAAACUGGAGUAUAAUGUAAGCCUAGCCAUCAUAUUUAGCUUAGAGCUAUGCCAAUCGAAAGUGAGCUUCGUCGAGAUCUUAUUUCUUUUUAAAGAAAACAUUUUUAUAAAUUCCGAUUCUAGUGCAAUAAAAAUUUUCUUCCUAGUUUUUUUUAGAAUGUAUUUAUUUUUUACAAAAUAUAUUUUCGAUUUUGAUUUUGACUUUUUUGUUAUCUACUAUUGUCUGCAUGUUUCCACCAGAAAGUAGAGAACAUAGUAAGUGCAUGUAAGUGAAAUACGUCGUUGUCUUUACUGCUUUAUGUAAUAAUUUUAUUUUAGGUGGUUGAUCAUCAAAAGAUGGUAGAAAAUCUUCUUCAAGUAAUGUCUGAAAACGAAUUGGAAAAGGAAGAUCUCAGGAAUCAGAUUAGCAUAGUGACAGAAAAAUACCAACAGCUACAAGAACUAAAUUUUAACGUAGAAGUUGAUCAUUACAAUAGUCUGCAAGAUGUUGAAGGACUGGAUCACCAACUAUUUAAAUAUCAGUGUUUACUAAAGAGUACAGAGGUAUUUAUAAUGCUAAUUUUUGUUGCUUGGCUUGUAGUGCUAGCUUAAAUUGCAAUUUAACGAAACGGUAAUUUUGCUUUCUUCAAUUUUUACACCUUUUACAAAAACAGUUUAUAAAAGUUAUAAUUAUUAUGAAAAUUUUAUCAA